GAUGGACCCAGAUAACCGUAGACGGUACUUUAUAGUUGGUUCUGUUAUAUUGGAGAUCGUUACACCAGUUUUCAGACAGAGGCUAGAGAUAGACUACAAAAGUAAAGGGUUAGGAUGUCUACAAGAUUUCAUCAACAGUAAACCUGUUAUACACAUCCUUUUCCAUCUACGUCACACCAAUAUAAAGUGUUGUGUGGACAGUACCAACUGUAGGAAUAGAAGGAAACUACCAUUAAACUACAGCCAAUGGGAUUUACUGUACACAGAGAAUCCAGGACCACCUAAGCAUCACUGUCACUGCUUGUAUACAACUAAUAACGUAAAAUUAGAUGAUCUUGAUAUCACCUUGGCUAGUUUGAUUUUACUGAAUUGCUGCAAUCUGACCCCAAAUGAGGAGACAUUGAUAAAAGAACUAAGAGAAUUUAAGAACAACUAUCUUAGUCAUAACACCAAAGGUGCCAUAACUGAAAAAGAGUACCAAACACUGUGGAAUGACCUUAUGACAUAUGUUCUUCAACUUGACCCCAGUAAACAAGAUGACUUCAUAAGGAUACAGAACAGACCAUUGGAUGAUUCACUGUGCAACAAGUACUUUGUUUGUCUUCUGGACAUUCACAAAAAGCUUGAAGAGAUUAGUGACAAAUUGGAAUCAAGCACUGAUGAAAUUUUGACUGCAAUGAAUAUCAACAAUGACCAAUUAAAAGUGGAGCUAAUUACAAAACUUGAGGAGAUAUUACAAUAUGUAAGAUGUCAAUCAUCCAAAGAGAAAACUGACAGACACGGGAUUAAACAGCAACAUCUAAUACAGCCCUACAAACUAGGACAGUCUAUCUUCACAUUUCAUCACCAGACAAACCUGUCAUUAGUAGUUGAAAGUGGCAUAUUAGAUGCAGUGAUGAUGGAUGACGGUAGACUGGUGAUAUGUUUACCUAUUCAGUGCAGACUAUUGAUCUAUAAUACAGAUGGAUCACAGUUAGACAGUUUACCUAUACAAGGCAGACCUUGGUAUGUUACAGCAGUCAGCAACUCUACAGUAGCUGUUACACUGUAUGAUAGUAAGUGUAUAGAGAUGUAUGACAUAAACAAUAAACUCAAACUUCAAACAAUAUUAAUACCUGGAAUGUUGCAGUAUAAGAGUGACAUAACAACUUUAAAUAAAAAGUUAAUUGUACGUGUUGACAACAGACUACAGGUCAUAAAUCACCAGACAGGAGAGGUGAUACAGACAAUAAAGACUGAAUGUCAUCCUUGGAGGUUACAUGGUUCUGGUGACAGAAUAUUCUACUGUGAUAACUACUACAACAACAAUAAGCUGUACUGGUACAGUUAUACUGAUGACAGACACCACACCCUAACAUUACCAUCACCACCCAGGAGUAUGACUACACUACUAGAUGGCAGCCUGUAUGCGAUGUGUUGUGAUGAAUCAGUACAACAUGUGUCAACUGAUGGUAAACAUUAUAAACCAGUGAAGACACUUCAAUCCACUCUAAUGUGUAAUGGGAUACAUUAUAAUCUCACACAAAGGAAACUAUUGACCGUACAAAAUAAACAUGUUACAGUCUACAAUGAAAUAUAACUAAAUAAGUUAUUACUUUAUGUCUUAUACAUACAUUAUCUGUCAAACUUAGUGAUAGAUAUAUCUUCACUGUUUCUUGUAUCAUUCAGAAAGUGAUAAUGUUUGUUUCAAGCACUUGAAAUUGAAUGACAUCUGUAGCUUUUUUGUACAUAUUUUAUAUAUUUUGGUGUCGACCAUUAAUUGGGGAUAACUAUAAGAUUUGCACUUUUUUUUAAAUAAUUCAAAAGUGUGUUAUAGGAUGCUAGUAGGCAGUGUUAGCUUAACUGAUUCACAUUAUAUGACAAUGAAACAUUAGGAUUAUAAGAUCUAUUAUGCUGAUUGAUGUUAAAAGAUAAGGUGGGAUAAGGGUCGUUUUUCUGCUGAAUAUUUCAUUGAAAUUUCAAUUUUAAUGACAAGAUUUCAAUUUGUGCUUAUUUUAUAGGAAGAGUUGAUACCAAAUAAGAAAAAACGUUACCUGCUGACAUCAUAAUACAUACCAAUGUGUUCUACUAAAGUUACUGUUCAAAGCAAUAUUCUUAAAGUUGCAUAGAUUUCAGUUUUUAGGCACUGCAAAUUUUGUGUACCUGCAAGUUCCAACCAUGUAAUAUGCCAUCAAUUUUGAACACCUUUCAUGUAAAUAUUUAUAUGGUACUUGCAUGUGCUCAAUAUUUCUAACUCAAAAAUAUUAUUAAAUAAUAAAAAUAAAUAUUAUUAAAGAGCCUGUGUUGCUAAUGAUCACCAAGGUCUAUGUCCAUCUUCAACAAUGAACACUUUCCACCAUUACAGACUAUUGUAUAAUUCAUGACAAAAAUCUCUUUUGUUGAUCUUGUAUCGCUGAUCAUUAUUUUUGUUUACAGUUUCCCUCUUUCUACUUUAGUUUUUGCCCAAAAACACAAAGAAAGAGGUAAGAAUAACUCCAAUAAGAAGUUGUCUGACAGUUUUGAUGUUAAUGGAAAGAAUAAUUGAAAAAAAUAAUUUUAAGUUAACGAACAACGAACAAUGAGCAAUGAAAACAAAACCAUGGAUGAAAACCACAGAGGCCAAAGGGCAAGAUGAGCUAAGAAUAAAUAUAAUCUAAGUCAUUAGGUGUUGGCCUGACCUUCAGAUCUGUUAUACAGGCAAACAUCAAGUUAGUGAGAGCUUCACCGACAGACAUCCUUGACAUACAUGUUGGAUCUAUCAAGCCUUUGAUUGGUUGUUCUCCUGUAGCAGUCACAGAUCCUACUUAUAAAAUCAUAAACAUUAACUAUGUGUAAUAUGGACAAACACCAAGUUAGUGAGGGCUUCCCCGACAGACAUCCUUGCCAUACAUGCUGGAUCUAUCAAGCUUUUGAUUGGUUGUUCUCCUAUAGCAGUCAUAGAUCCUACCCAUAAACAUUAUUAUGUGGUAAAAGUUUAGCUUCAGGCUUUUUUGAAAUUCCAUCAAUCUGAAAUAUGAUGUAUGAAAUGGUAAUAAUGAUUUGUAAGUUGCAAAGAUAUAAAUACAUUUCCAAUAUACUAAGACUUGACAAGUUAAUGUUUAUUCAAUAUAGCCAAGGGAAAUAUUAUAUUUCGUUUUAAAUCAAUUUGUCAGUAGAAUUAUGUGUGUAAACUGAGAUGUAUUUCUAUAAAAUUGUAAUGUAAAACAGUAGAUGUCUUUUUUGUAUUGUUUAGUUUGCUAUCUCUUCACAUCUGUGAAUAUUAACACAAUGUCUAUAAUCUUUUCUUUUCUUUUGCUCUUCAUGAUGAAUAAAUAAAAAGAAAAUAUCUUUCAUCAUUAUACCUCAACAAACUGAGACUACUUCCCCAGCUUUUACGCUCAUAUGUACAUAAAAAUCCAGCUAGGUAUUUAGAUGUAUCUAUGGGUUAAUGUGUUAAAUCCUAGCAAAAUUAAUAAACAUUAUCACCUACAGUUAUUUCGCCAUAAUUAUUUUAAUUGUAAUAUUAACUUAAUACGUCCAACUAAGAAUGACACGAUUCUUAUAUGAUAAGUGUAAAUAUCUGUCUUUAUCAACUGACCAGUAUUGUACAAAUUUAAUUUUAUUCGUAUAUAUUAUUUUCGUUUUUGUAUUUUGCUUUUUUUUUUUAUUAAUGUGUGAUAAGUAUUUAUAUUAUUAGAUUA